AUGUAUAAGCUGGUCUCCUGCUGUUUGCUUUUCAUAGGAUGCUUAAAUCCUCUCUGGUCUCUUCCUGUCCUUGACUCCAGGCAAGAGCCCCUGCAGCUCUCAGCACCUGAAGAUAUCAGACCAACUUUGGAUGAGCUGGAAAGAGCUUCCCUUCUGCAGAUGCUGUCAGAGAUGUCAGAUGCAGAGACAGGAGACGGUCUUAGGAAAGCAGAUCUCGGUACCAACAUUUUUUACCCAAGUGGAAGUGUGAGAAAAUUUCAGGCUUUCUCAGGACAAGAUCCUAACAUUUUACUGAGUCACGUUUUAGCCAGAAUCAGGAAACCAUACAAGAAACGUGGAACUCCCUCUGAAUGCUUCUGGAAAUACUGUGUCUGA